CAGUCAUCGCGUUCGCCAGGAGCACAAACAAUAGAUCGUGUUUCCGUUAAAAUGCCAUCCGCUUUACAGGCGGGAAAAAAAUCACAACAACACCGCAAUUGUAAUAAUUCAAUAGAUAAAGUUAAAUAAUCACGACUGGACAAGUGAUUAUUUAUUUUCAUCUGGAUGGGCCACUCGGUGAGUUGGUACGGGUCAAUGACUUGCUUUUCGCCGGCACGUGCUGCUAAUUAGUGAUUAAGAUCAUUGCAAUCGGUGAAUAUUUUUCUGGACUUUUUAUCCCGAUUUUUUAUACCCCGGACUAACGACUGAAUCAUUCAUUCUGUGGAAUACGUGGCAGAGGGGUGUAACAGUGAAUUGAUGAGAAAAAUGAGACAUUGGAAAUUGACUGCGGAGGAUUGCCUGUUGCUCCAGUUUAUCGACACAACCCCAGACCAUCGUCACCAGUCGGGUCAUCACGAGGACCCGAGUGUAUUCUAUACAUAAAUUGCUGUCUAAAAAAGUCAUUUGCCAAGUUGAGGGGAGUGGUGAAGAUUGCUCCAUGGUCCUUGCUAAUUGAAGGCACUUGGGGGAAGGGUAUAAUCAUCACGGGAAUCAGCGCUGGAGGAUCGAAAUAGGGACUGGGUAACGCAGUAGAAAUAUCGUGAUGCGGUGAUGGCUCUUUUGUACAGAUUCGCGCAGCUACCGGAUCGCGGUAGCACGCGGGUCUUCUCAUUUGUCGUUACCAGGAGUGUCGUACGCGACCCGGAAAGAGACGUCACCAGCAAAGAGUUAGUUUGUGGAUUUCAGAGAUGGGCAGUUGCCUUCUCCCGGGGGGACAAGGUCCUCGGUGUCUACCUGGUGUGGCGUGGUGCAGCACCAGGGUUGCGUGUCUACGUGGAUUUUACAUUCACACUCCUGAAUCGCGAGCACUUCUCGGUGAACGAGGGCUUCUCCGGGAAACGGGUCAAGUUCACGUAUGAUGCACCAGCCCAGGGCAACCGUAACUACAUUCCGGUGUCCGAUCUCUACAGUCGUAACUUCGCAGACCCAAAUGGGGAAUUUCAGCUGGAGCUAUCAAUGGCGAAUGUGCGAACAGUAUUUACGGCGGAGGUGCGGAUGCUGACGGGAGUGUUCACGGGGAGUCAGCAGAAACCCAAUAAAUUGGAGACGGGUUACUUUACGUUUGGUGGUUUCGACUGGCACCUCGCGAUCUAUCCUUACGGUAAUAAAGAGGGUGAGAGCCGUCAGGAGGGCCGCCUCAGUGUUUACCUGGUCCGUCUGACGGGUUUUGAUCAUCGCUGUCGUGUCCGGUACAGCGUGACCCUCGGUGAGGGCGAGAGAAGAAUGGAAUCAGGACAAAUCGAGGAUCUGUCCGAUGCAGAGGGUCAGGGCUUCGGCUGGCAUCCGCGCGUCCGUUGGUCAGACAUAUCGCAUAAGGGAAUUCUACGGGUAUCCCUGGAGAUGAUCGAGACGCGAACGAUUUCCGAAGUUGCGGUUCAGGCCCUGGGACCGACAACGCUCCCUGCAGCGCCGUGCUACGACCGGGACAAGCAGGGCUGGGCGAUCAGGGCAGACCUUCACUCCGACACCGUUCGCCUUCACCUCGUCUACAAGGACAUCAACAAUGUACCGAGGAAUCACCUCCGCUACAUCAGCUGGUCGGCUUUCCUCAUGCGUGGAGAUGAGCCCGAUGCAGAGGCUAUUCUUCUACCUGGUGCACCGUUCUCACGGUAUUAUGCCCAGGAGCCCGUCGACGAGGGUAUCAUCAUGGAGACCAGUCUGGGUGUCAAUGAGGUCAAUGAUAAUCACUGUCCAUUCCUCACGGACAAGGGACAGCUGAGAAUUCGUCUCGAGUGGAACGAGAGUCAUCUCCUGUUUCAGGCAACCUAUCACAAAUACGACGACGUCUGUCGGGUUCACAAUCAACAGAUGCGCCGAGAGAUUGCAGCACUCCAAGCGGAGAACUACAGUCUCGAGCGUCAGCUGUUCAGUUAUCAGAAAUCACUGGCUUAUGCGCAGGCGCAACAGCAACAGGCGGGACAACCGGGUCCACCGGGUUCACAGCAGCAUUCAGGUCAUGCCGAGGGCCUUGAGAGGUCAGCAUCGACAGACACUGAAUACGCCUGACAAGUGGACUCUGUCAGUCUCAUC